AUGGGGGGCGACGACGACGACGACGACUUCCAGGAGCCAGUCGGCUACAUCUCCCUCGCCAAGCGCCUCGUCCCCUGGUCCGUCAAGGGUGCCUCAAGAGGGAGAAGGGAAUCCUCCGGCUCACUGCCCCUUGGACCAUCCAAUGGCGCCAAUCGCCCCAGGAAGAGGGUGAAGGUCGCCCCCGCUGUCGGGGGGAAGGAGAACAGGGAGGUCUCACGGAAGAUUCAGCGUCAACUCAGCGCCGCCAUGGGUGAUAAAGCGGAGGUGAAUCCAACUCCACAUCGUGCCGCAGAAACUCUCGGAAAUCCGUCCGUGGAUUCUUGUGCGUUUCACGAGAUUGCUAAAGUGGGAGAGGUAAAAAGGAUCAAUGGUGUCCCCCCGGGGAAAUCUACGGGACUUGGUUGGCGUGGAGGGAAUGGCGGCGAUUCCAGAGAGCCAAAUACCAGUAAACUGGUUUUAACUGAAGAAGCCGUUGAAGAAUCAUCGGAAGCAAGAUCGAGUCAAGCUAGAGAAAUCGACGGCGGCAGGGAGAGGGAGACAUGUUCAGCGCAGAAGGAGAGUUACUGCUGCAUACCAAUCGAGGUCAGGUUAUUAGGGCCUUGCUUGGGUGGCGGUGAAGGGAUGGUGGACGACUGCCAAGGAGAAGAUCUGAGUGAGGACAUUGAGGCAGGAACCCAGCUAAAGGAGCUGAUGAAUCUGUGCUCGGAAUUGGAUGAAGGAGGAAAUCUGGAUUAUGGGAUCCCCUUUGAAAAGGGGAAUGCCUCUGGAACUUUGGUGGAGUGUCCUAUUUGCGGGACGGAUAUUACAGAGCUGGGGGAGCAGCUGCGGAUUGCCCACACGAAUCUUUGCCUAGACAGAGAAGAACAGGCGAAGGCAAAGUCUCCUCACCACCUCCCUCGUUCUUUUCCGCCCCGUUUGCAUGCACUGAAACUGCUACAUUGGAUUCCCAAACAGAAAAUCAUGAUCAAUUUCCAUACUUUCUUUGCAUCAAGAAUGAUUUCUUUGAUCGGAAAAUAUGCUUGCUAAUCUAUACUUGGCUUUCAAUUUAUUGUACAUUUCAUGCCACAAUAAUACGCUGUCGUGAAAACAAUUCUCAUGGCUUAUCUUACUAUAAUUAUGCUCUCAUUUAGCAGAAUCUUGCUCUCGCAGGUGACGGUUUCCUCCAAAGAAAGAAACCCAUCUUCAGAUAAGCCAGCCGUCGACAGCACUCCAUUGAUUCAGUGGUUGAAGACUUUGGGUUUAUCCAGGUACGAAGAAGUAUUUGUCAGAGAGGAGAUCGAUUGGGACACCCUUCAAUGUUUAACAGAGGAGGUACCAUAACAUAUUAUCUUGUCAUCAGUUGCGAUUCUAUUUAUUCUGUUUGCUCCAAGAAAAGCAGCAAACUUGCAUCAACGACACCUGUUGCCGCAUCAUUUUUCAGUCUAUAUUCUUCUGGGAUGAUAAUCCCAAGGUCAUAUUUUUCUGCAAAAGUGAUAUUUUUCUGAGUUGAAUUUGACCAGCGUCAACUCCUUCCAGGAUCUGCUCAAUCUGGGCAUCGACGCCCUUGGUCCAGGGAAGAGGAUUGUGCAUGCUCUCAAUGGGAUGCGAGGAAAUAGUCAUAGCGGAACCACAGGAUCAGGCAUUUCUAAUGCAAAUUCUAGCGACAAGGCGAAGCAAUUUGGUGGGAACAAACUGAUUACAGAGUUUUUUCGGGGUCCCAGACCUGUCCAAAGCAGAUGUCAGACCGUCCCUGAAGCACCUCCAGAUUGUGGCGCCACCAAGCCUCCAAGGAAGGUCGAGAGGGCCAACAAGGAGACCGGAAGGAGGGGUCACAGAAGCAGUUUAAGAUAUCAAGAUAUUCCCGCUUGGUGUUGCAUCCCAGGAACACCUUUCCGAGUGGUACAAGAAGUCCUUCAUUUUCAAUUAAUCCUUUAUUUUUUCUCGGUUAAUAGAAUUUUCUACAAGUACUCUUUUGGGGGAAGAAUAUGAUUCCCUGCUAAUCGGCUGAACUUCUAGACGGCCUCUCUCUCUCUCUCUCUCUCUCUAUAUAUAUAUAUAUAUAUAUAUAUAUAUAUAUAUAUAUAUAUAGCUAGAUAUAUAUUUAUAUAGAUAUAGAUAUACACGUGGGUAUCGUAAUGAGUUGAUCUCCCACAUGUGUAACUUCCUUCACUUGAUUAGCUUAUUUGAGGUUUGAGCAGAGAAUUCUCCUCAUCUUUCCUGUGCAUUUUGAUGAAUUCUACAGUUUGAAUGCCUCACAUGGGAUCUGUUGUGUUCAGUCGCUUGCAGAAAAACCCUGAAAAUUUCUCAACAUUUUUAUGCAGAUCUUGGAUCGGAGGGUUCUAACAGAAUCUUUUCGUUUGUGAACAGGAUGCAUUCCGUUAUCUUUGGGGAGAUUGCUCACAUUGGUUCCUCACACACUUCCAUCUGGAUCGUAAGUUUCCAUCGAGAACUAGUAAUUUGGAAGUAAAAGAGAACCAGACUCGCAAGAAAGUCAAAAUCUUUCUAGUCUCAAACAUUAGGACUUGCUAGUAUAACCAGGGAAUCACUCGUAUAAAAUUACUAUAGAACAGCAAAGAACAUAGAAACAAAGUGGCAGUAAAUAAGAUUUCUUAAGGUUUAGUUAUGAUUAUUUUUCUCGCAGAUUAUCAAGGGCUUACCAGGAGCUUCCGCCACGGGAAGAUAUAUUGCUCCUCAAUCACCGCCCGCCUCUUGAAUUCCAAGAUCGGCAUUGACUGGAACAUCCUACAUGUUCUACCUCUCAACGAGAGGAUUAAUAUUUCUGGUGUCGAGGUGACAUGUGUGGAUGCAAAUCAUUGCCCAGGUUCUAUAAUCAUCCUCUUUGAGCCCCCUAAUGGCAAGGUGAGGGCCCAUCACCUUUCCCCACAUGAUUUCCCAUUCGUAUCAUGAUUAUUGGUUUUUCUUGGAAUCUGAAUCAUCUGAUUGUUGGUUUCAGCCAGUGUUGCACACUGGAGACUUCCGAUAUUGCGAGGACCUGGGCAGAUGUCCUAUUCUGAGAUCUUGCCGUAUCCACACUCUCAUACUUGAUACGACCUACUGCAAUCCCCAAGUAAGCAACUCAUAUCAGCUUGGGCUCUACAUCUCGGAGACUUGACCAUAGAUUCUUAUUAUUUCCUACAGUAUGAUUUCCCGAGGCAGGACGCCGUCGUACAGUUCAUAGUCGAGGCCAUUCAAGCUGAAGCUUUCAAUCCCAAAACCCUCUUCCUGAUCGGUAGCUACACAAUCGGUAUCUCUCUCUCCAUAUGCAUCAAUUACUUGUCGCAAGAAAAAAUGAAUUGAUGCUACUAUGAGUGCAGUAGGGAUAGCCUCUAAGAGUGAUAUAUUAAGUUACUGAUGCUACUAUCUCCAUUUCAAGUGCAGGAAAGGAGAGGAUAUUCCUGGAGAUUGCCCGGGUCUUGAGGAAGAAGGUGUACGUUGGGGCAGCGAAGCUGAGGCUGCUGGAGUGCCUGGGGCUUCCCCAGGAGGACAUGGAUUGGCUUACAGAGAAUGAGAUGGAGAGCCACGUCCACGUCGUGCCCAUGUGGACAAUCGCGAGCUUCAAGCGGAUGAACCAUUUAUGGAAACAUUAUUCUGUGAGUCAGCUUCUCAGAGAAUUCGAUGACUACAAAUAAUUCGACGACGAUGAUCGGUGCUCAUAAUCUUUUUAUGCUCUUGUUAUAGAACCGCUUCGAUCUGAUGGUCGCCUUCUCCCCUACUGGGUGGAGCUAUGGGAAGGGGAAGAAGAAGAAGAACAAGGCUCUUGGGACGAGGUGGCAGCAGGGAACCAUUAUCAGGUCAACUCAUCAUAGAAAGACUCAUCUCUCCCUCUCUUCCUCGCUUCCUUGUAAUCGUUUAGAUCUGCAUGUUUUGCUGUAAGAUCUCCUAAUUACUGAUCUGAUAUCUGAUUUCUUCAGGUAUGAAGUCCCCUACAGCGAGCAUUCCAGCUUCACUGAGCUGAGAGAGUUUGUGAGGCUCAUCUCCCCGGACAUCAUUAUCCCAAGCGUUAACAACACCAGCCCAGAAGCCGCCAGUGGCAUGGCUGCCCUCCUGACCUCAGACUCUUCAACCCACCCUUCAUCGAACCCCCUCCCCCCCUCUCAAAGAACAGUCCUCCCAUGCCAUAAGCUUGCGAGAGAGAGAGAGAGAGAGAGAGAGAGAGAGGGGGGGGAGGUGUUAACCUGA